UUGAAUCUUUUGUCAGAUUAUCCCAAUUGGGUUUCGACGAUCCUUCGUCAAUCAUCGCUCUCUUUUGGGUUAUUAACAAAAAUCUAUAUAAACUAAACUCGUUUUAUGUCUUUGUACAAAUUUGACUUUGAAAUUGCGUACAAUUCAAGCAGUUCUCAAUUCUUAGCGUAUUUGUCUUUCAUAUUCCUUGACACUGUAUACCAUCUCGAAUUCCUUCUCUAAAUUCCUUAUCUUUUGUACAUAACUAUUUUCUGUUCGUUGGUUUUCUUAUAGAUUAUAUUCUUUUAUACACAAAAGAUACACAGAGAGAUAUAAAGGGUGGUGUCAGCAGCAGGAAAACACCUUUUCUUUUUGACACUGCCAAUUUUGUAGCUUUAUGAGCAAAUUGGGAUCUAAUCUGAUCUGGGUUUUUCUGCUUCAGCUGUUUUUUUGUUAGUGUUAAGAAAUUUGUUGAUGAUGAGCAGAUAGCCAUAAACGUUAUGGGUUGGCUUAGCAAGAUUUUUAAAGGGUCCAAUCAUAAUAUUUCAGAAGGGCAUUACUAUGGAAAUUAUGGACAGGAUGCUAGCUAUAAUGCACCUUCUACGUCAGGGGAAGCAUAUUUGGAGCCAGAAAAUGAGGAGGAUAUCGAUCAUGCUAUUGCAUUAUCCCUUUUAGAGGACAAUCACAAUGGAACAAAUGUCUCAGAUGUUGAGAUUCAAUUGAAAGAAGAUGAACAACUUGCCAAAGCUUUACAAGAAAGUUUAAGCAUUGAAUCUCCUCCUCGAUAUGGAAAUGGAAUUCCUCGGUAUGGAAAUGGAAUUCCAUAUCAAGGAAAUGCAUAUCAGCCUUAUCCUAUCCACUUUCCAAUGGGAUUCAGGGUAUGCGCUGGUUGCAAUACAGAGAUUGGCCAAGGAAAAUUUCUAAAUUGCCUCAAUGCAUUUUGGCAUCCAGAAUGUUUCCGUUGUCAUGCUUGUGGCCUGCCAAUUUCUGAUUACGAGUUCUCGAUGAGUGGAAAUUACCCUUAUCAUAAAUCUUGCUACAAAGAGCGUUACCAUCCAAAGUGUGAAGUCUGUAAGCUCUUUAUUCCAACAAACCCUGCUGGUCUUAUUGAAUAUAGGGCUCAUCCUUUUUGGAGCCAGAAGUACUGCCCUUCUCAUGAACAUGAUGGUACUCCUCGGUGUUGCAGCUGUGAGCGAAUGGAGCCACAAGACACGGGAUAUGUUGCCCUUAAUGAUGGUCGGAAGCUCUGUCUUGAGUGCCUGGACUCUGCAGUCAUGGAUACCAAGCAUUGCCAACCCCUUUAUCUUGAUAUACAAGAAUUUUAUGAACGUUUAAAUAUGAAGGUGGAGCAGGAUGUUCCACUACUAUUGGUUGAAAGACAAGCACUAAAUGAAGCCCGGGAUGGAGAAAAGAAUGGACAUUACCACAUGCCAGAGACUAGAGGGCUUUGCCUUUCUGAGGAGCAAACCAUUAGCACUGUAUCAAAGCAGCCAAGGUUUGGAGCAGGGAACCGAGCCAUGGGUAUGAUGACAGAGCCUUACAAACUGACACGUCGUUGUGAGGUGACCGCAAUUCUGAUUUUGUAUGGCCUCCCAAGGUUACUUACUGGGUCAAUCCUAGCUCAUGAGAUGAUGCAUGCAUGGAUGCGGCUGAAAGGUUUCCAAACUCUCAGUCAAGAUGUGGAAGAGGGUAUUUGUCAGGUGCUAGCACACAUGUGGUUGGAUUCAGAGCUCACACCCACUUCAGGAAGCAAUAUUGCAUCAUCCUCUGCAUCCAGGACAACAAAAAAUGGCACAAGAUCUCAAUUUGAGAGAAAGCUUGGGGAUUUUUUCAAGCAUCAAAUUGAAUCAGAUACUUCCCCGGUUUAUGGAGAUGGAUUUAGAGCUGGUCAGCAAGCAGUGCAAAAAUAUGGUCUCGAAAGAACACUUGAUCAUAUACGAAUGACAGGGAAGUUUCCAUAUUGAAGUUCUGAACUAAAGUAGUCCUUGCCCAAUAUGACGUCCCAUGUUGAAUCUCACACCUUGGUGCAUGGAGAUGGAUAAGGAGCCAACUACAAAGCAGUGGACAAAUAGGGACUUUGAAGGACAGCAGACCUUAUUAAGAUGAUAGGGAGGUUUCCGUAUUAAAUUCUUGAACAGUGAGUUCUCACAAUACUUUUCUAUCCAUAGUUAAAGCUAGGCCUUUUCCAAUAUGAGCCCAGGGCCGAAGCACAUAAGCGUUGAUUCUGUAGAGAGGAGCUUCACGAGAGCUGAUUUUUAUGUUUAUUAGGCUGUAGAGACAUUGAUUGGAUAAAUUAAUAAUCUCAUGAUGGAAUUCCAUUCA